CCGGGCGCCCGAGAGCCAAUUUCUAUCCCUGGCGUGCGUCGACACGUGGAGCUCGUUGGUUGGACGGGCUACGUCACACCAGGGCGCCCGGAAGGGAUCCAGGCGCCCCGAGCAUCCUAUAAAAGGAGGGUCAGAGGGGAGCUUCAAAAUACAAUUGAAAAAAGAGAUCUUCUACUGUUUGCUCUGCUGCUCUGCGCUCUUAUGACGCUAACGAAGCUCUGACAACACACGUUUCUCUUUUCGAUUCAUUCCGUUGUCGGAGUAUCCGAAAGAGAAUGGUGUUUCACGGCCAUUGAUUAUGACAGCGGAGGAACGGGAUCGCAUCGCAGAUUCGAGAUUUAUGCGGACAUCGCGCUUCACGUGAGCUAGCAGCUGGCUUGGAAGGCGUGAGGAAAGAGGGACAGGUUUGCAACUUCAGUCUUCAUGGGGAACACCUGAUUGCGAUCCACCCCUUCUCUCUAGCUGAUAUCCUAUCGCUCGCUCUCCGCCUCUUCCCUUCUCCUUCUCUCGUCCUCCGGCAACGGAACUUGGAAGGUUUCGAGGCAUAUCCGUUGCUCCGGGAUCUCUUUCGCCUCCUAGUCCGGUUUCGGGACGGGAGAGAGGUGGAGGAUCGGCGUGUAGAUUUGCAUUCUUCGUGCGGUAUUCUAGAUUCGGAUAGCGGGAAGGUUUUGUUUCUUUCUCGUGUCGAAGUGCGACUAGGGUUGGAGACCGAAGGUUAGGUUGGUUUUCGGGGCGAGAACAUGACGGCUCCGGAAUUUUCCUCCGCGAAGGCAGAGAAGAAAAGGGAUCCGAAUAAGCAGCAGCAGCAGCAGCAGCAAAGAAGGGACCCCUACGAAGUGCUUGGCGUCCCCUGUAACGCAACGGAACAGGAAAUCAAGAGUGCGUACCGAAGGAUGGCUCUCAAAUAUCAUCCAGACAAAAAUGCAAAUGAUCCUAUGGCUGCUGAGGUUUUCAAGGAAGUUACAUUCUCAUACAAUGUGUUGUCUGAUCCAUAUAGAAGACUUCAAUAUGACGCAUCAGGUUUUGAGGCUAUUGAAUCAGAUAGUCAGGAACUGGAGCUUGAUCUUUCAAGUCUUGGUACUGUGAACACAAUGUUUGCUGCACUUUUUAGUAAACUUGGAGUUCCAAUUAAGACAACUGUUUCUGCAUUUGUACUGGAGGAAGCACUUAAUGGCUUGGUAAUUGUCCGUUCACUUCCAUUGGGCCAAUCAAUUACCGGAAAGGUAGAGAAACAGUCAGCACAUUUUUAUUCAGUUGAAAUAACAGAAAAGGAAGCUAGGAUGGGAGUUGUUUGUCGAGUUCAUUCAUCUGCAAAGAGCAAAUUCAAGUUGUUGUACUUUGAGCAAGAAGAGAAUGGUGGUCUAAGUCUUGCAUUACAGGAAGAUAGCACCAAAACUGGAAAGGUUACUUCUGCUGGAAUGUUCUUCCUUAAUUUUCCCGUAUAUCGGUUUGAUCUAGUUAAUUCGCUUUCAUCUACUAAAGAUCCAGAUGCUGCAUUCUUCAAGAAACUGGAUGGGUUUCAAGCUUGUGAAAUACAUGAACUGAAAACCGGCAACCAUGUAUUUGCAAUCUAUGGUGAUAAUUUCUUCAAAAGUGUAAACUAUACACUAGAAGUCAUGUGCGCUGAAGAAUUUUCAGUGGAAAAGCUAAAACUCCGUGAUGUUGAGUCAAGAAUAUUAGCCAAAAGAGUGGAACUGUCUAAGUUUGAGACAGAAUAUAGACAGGUUAUGGCACGAUUCACCGAGAUGACAGGCAGAUACUCGAAGGAAAUGCAAGAAAUAGAUGAGCUUCUCAAGGAAAGAAACUCUGUCCAUGCCUCCUACACCACUGGCUUACGGCCCUCACCUCUAAAGCAACAUUCGAGUAACCGCAAAAUGAGCAGUUCGUUCAAGCUGUCUGUAAGUGACGACGAGUCCCAAGUCAAAGAAGAAGGCAAGUCAAGGGAUCAAACACGAAAGAAAAAAUGGUACAAAAUUCAUUUGAAGAUGGACAGAAGUAAGCUAUGUUGAUUAGAUUCGUUGCCCGUGUUAUCGUUUCAUUUCUCAUAGAUCAUCAUCAACUGACUGACAAUGUUCUCAAGGGCCCGUUAUAAUUUUCAAGGAAUAUUCAUCCCUUUUUUUUUCGUU